UCUACAUCUCGUCCUUUUUCUACACUGUCAACUUCACGUGGCACCUUUACAUGGACCUGAAGGUGAAAUACAACCAGAAUAUCUACUCAGCCUCUGCAAUGCUAUCUAGAUCAGGACAGAGGCAUCUUCCAGGAGGAGAAGGCUGCCGGGAAAUGGUAGAGAAGGACUACACCUCCAGAGUUGGAUGGAUAGCUGUUGUUUUGUCCAGCCUAAUCCCUCUGCUGCUGAUGGUACCUGUAUUCUGUCUGGGAAACAGCAGCGAAUGUUUCCAUAACUUCAGCCAGAGUCAUAGGUGUCUCCUGAUGCACUCGCCACCCCCAGCCAUGGCUGAACUCCUGCCCUCUGCCAGCACAUCAGUCUGCAAGAUCCUCUACUUUUACGGGCUCAUCAUCUUCCUGACUAGCUUCCUGCUCAGUCUCCUCGCUAUUGUGGCCUUACUCACGCGGGCUCAGAUGCUGUAUAAGAGGUUCGUGAAAUCUACUGGUUUCCUGGGGGAUGAGCAAUGGGCCUCGAUCCGUGUGGUGGAGCACCGAGUGUGUUUCUAUCCAGUCGCCUUCUUUUGCUGUUGGGGUCCAGCUGCCAUCUUGGUGAUCAUAAAGCUGACCAGGCCAGAGAACACCCAGCUGCACAUGGCCCUCUAUGUUCUCCAGGCUCUCACAGCAGCAUCGCAGGGUCUGCUCAACUGUGGAGUCUACGGCUGGACGCAACACAGAUUCCACAGGCUUAGGCGGGAGGCUCGGAGGGAUGCAGACACCCAGACUCCCCUGCUACGCUCCCAGAAGAGGUUUUACACUGGUGCUCUAGGUGCCCCUGAGUCUAGACCUACUCCGGCAGAUGCUACCUCCACUGUCUUCUGAAGCUUGAGAGGAAUUGGGGCCACCAAGAUGGGGAUACUCUGCAGGAUGUGCCUACCAGGCAGUGAUGGCGAGGAGGACCGUGGGAUACUGCCACCAUGAGCUGCCCCUCCCAGUCCCCCCAACACUCCCGCCCUCAGAAGAUUACUGCUACUGGAGCAUGGACAUUAGUGACUGGGGUGGUUUUAUGUUCUCUUCUCAGUUAUGUUUCUCCUUCUGUCACUGUCCAUUUCUAGUUGUAAAGAUCUCAGUUCAGGGAGAUAAGCCCACCCCCACCUCCUGGGUGGCUAUCAUUACCUCAAGGAGGCCCAGAAUUGUGGAACUCCCUUGUGGAAACAAUAAAACCCCAGAUAAUUAUUUAUAAAUGUUAUUGUUAGACAUGCAACUCUGUGGUCUUGGAGGUGGGGAGGAAUAAACACUUAUUUCCUCCAA